AUGGAUUCUCCUAGUUCCUCGUCCAUUGCAAAUUAUUACUAUAAAGAGUUUUUAGCGGAUGAAGGUGAAUCCACCGAUGAGGAGGUCGAGCAAGAGGCGAUUAUGAGUGCUUGUCAACUAGCGGUGCGAUAUAUGAAGCAUUGUAGCCGGCCCGAACGUGAAAUUAAAACAAGAGAUUAUAUUGAACGAGACCGACGGGCGGCAAACGAUCGGUUGAUGAAAGAUUAUUUCGAUGAAGCGCCAACAUAUCCGAACCCAGAAGUUUUUAGGCGUCGUUUCCGGAUGAGUAAGCGUUUGUUUCUACGCAUCGUCGAGGACUUUGAAAACAACUUCGAUUAUUUUAAACAAAAAGCGGAUGUGAAAGGGACACUUGAAUUCACCGGUAUUCAAAAGUGUACAUCGUCGCUACGAGUCUUUGCUUACGGAAACACGACCGACAUCAACGACGAGUAUUUAAAAAUGGCCGAGAAAACAACGCGAGACACCUUGGAGAUUUUUGUCGCGGCGGUUGCCUCACAGGACCUUUGGGUUUGGUCGGCUUACUUUGGCGUGGUCGAGUCAUGCAAUGACAUAAAUGUUUUUGAACAAUCUCCGUUGUUAGAGGACUAUAUUUCUGGCAGAGCUCCAAAAGCGUCUUUCUACGCAAACGGAAAUUACUACCCCCAUGGAUACUAUUUGUGCGACGGAAUUUAUCCUAGGUAUUCGAUUGUCGUGAAGACUUUUAGUGAUCCGUUCGAUGAAAAAAGAGCACACUUUAAAAAGUUUCAAGAGUCUGCACGGAAAGACAUUGAGAGAUUCUUUGGGGUUCUUAAACAACGAUGGCAAUAA